AGCGAACGAGAGAAACGCAGGCAAAAACGAAGGAAGCAGAAAGGAAAGAGGGUUUGGGAGAGUUUUGGGGGUUUAGAAACAGAUAAACUCGCCACUCUCACUCACUGAGUCGCACAGCGAGUCAACCACAGAGCAAACCAUGAGAAUCCUCCAAUCCAUUACUGGUCAGUGUCGGCCGGCGCUGCGAGCUCUGGGACGGCGGUACUUUGCGGCGGCGGCGACGACGGAGGAAUACGCGAAGAGGAACUACGCCAACAACGUGUCGGAGUACAACAGCGUGUUCAAUUCCCUCACUGCUCAGAGGAAGCAUUUCCUGCUGAGGGAUGCGUAUGAGGAUAUGAUGCUCGACGGCGUCCAGCCUGACCAGGACAGCUUCCGGUCGCUCAUACUGGGCACCCUCAAAGGCUCGAGCUUGCAGGACGCUUUCUUCUUCGCUGACCAGAUGAAAUCCAUGGGCUUGGCCCCUGAUGUUAAUAUGUACAACAUAUUGAUCACAUUGUGUGGGAAGUGCAAGCACUCUGAUCAAGCGAUUCAGAUUUUGGAAGACAUGAAGAACUAUGAAGUGUCACCCAAGGUACAGACCUACAUGUGUCUGCUCAAUGCGUGCGCAGCUACUGGCCGAUUAGAUCGAGUGUAUGCAAUUGUCCGUGACAUGACUGCUGCUGGUCUUGGGCUAAACAGGUUCUGCUACGCUGGACUUGUAACUGCACUUAGGAACAAAACCCCUUUACCAGAUGAUUUCGGCACCAAAAUUAUAGAGUUUGUUGAGCGAUCAAAAGAGUGGUCAUCCGUUGAAGGAUCAAGUAUGACUGCUGAAAAUGUGAUGAUGGGUGUGACGGAAGAAGAGUUGUAUAAUAUGCCAACUGCUGAAUAUUCUCAUAGGGGUGGGUUUCUGAAUAGGCAACUAACCGUUUAUCAUGCUGCGUUCCAUGCUUGCGCAGACCUCAGGAAUGUAGAGGUGAUGGAAACUCUUCAGGAGAUGCUAGCGAAGGAAGGAAAAAGUCCCGAUCUGUUUAUUGUGUUGCAAAUAAUGAGGUGUUAUCUACACUCAGGGGACAUUGACCAUGGUGUUCAAACUUUUGAAGACUAUAUGAAGUCAGGAAAGCCUCCUGUAGUAGAACUAUAUACGACGCUUGUGGAGGGAGCCAUGAUUGGAUAUACUCCCAAGGGAAUGAAAAUUGCCGAAGAAACACUGGUGAAUAUGAAUUCCCGGAGCUUCUUCUUAAGUCCAAAAAUGGGGAGUGAUCUUCUCCUUCAAGCUGCUGGUGACGAGACUGGAGGUUAUAGUGUUGCCAACUUUAUCUGGGACCUGAUGGAAGCGCGUAAAAUAGUUCCUCAAUUCCUUUCGGUGGAAGCAUAUUACAAGGGAUUAAAAUUGUUUCCUUCAUUUCUGUGUCUGAAAUGGCAGAAACGUGAGAUUCCUGAAGAUGAUCCACGACUGCAACAUGUUACGAGGACAUACAAUGACCUUCGCGCCAGAAGGGGCCCUGGACAAGCUAUUAGAUAAACAAUGACGAAAGUUGCUCCGAGGAGGAGCUAUUUCAUGGACUUCUACUUGUAGUGACAUUAUUGCUGCUUCAAAGGAAAUGAGACAUCGUUUUAUCCUGGUAUCGGAGGCUUGGGAUACCAUACGGCAUACGCUGGGUUACAUCGGGCAUAUAUUUUUGAAGUUUGUUUACCAAAACGGUGAUCUAAGUUUAGUUGUUAAUUUUUUCUGGAUGCGUUAAGGAUGUGAAUAACGAAUGUUUUUUUCUUCCUGCAAGUUUACUUAUUGCCCGUGAAUGGGAAAUUGACUAGUAAUAAUUGAGCUGAAAACUCAUUUAGCACUAGAAUUUAAAGGUAUUCCCAGUUUAGAUUUAUUCCUCUUUACUUGUAAAUCGGAAUUAUCAAGUUCGAUUUUCAUAACUGACGAAUUUGAUGUCAAAUUAUUAUGAUUAACUUAUUUUGUGUCUUAA